UGACACGGCAGAUGAUCUUUGAAGGGAGGGAGCUACUGUCCGCUGAGGCGCACACUCUGUCAAAGCGCACAGCAGAGGCGCGCACCGUGAAUUGUCUGCCACAGUUUUUGGCUCCAGAUAAAUUCUUUCAGAGACCGUCGCUGCCUAAAUAGUCAGAUUUGAUAGCAGUCUGCACGCUCGUGUCUGAGAACGUCGUUUGUCAGUGGGGACAACGCGCCGGGGCGAACCCAAGGAAAGAACACGCGCGCUCGGAGAGUGCGUAAGUGUGCCACCUCAGCCUUGGAGACGGUGCGCGCGGAGCCAGCGCAGCGCCUGCCCCGAACUCCAUCCAGCCGAGGUGAUUAUCAAGAGGUCGUGAAGAUGAACGUCACGGCCAUACUCUGCCGACACAACCAGACGGACAACUUGACAGACGCGGCGUGUCUGAACGCCACUCGCCCGUCGUACGGACACACCGACAUCACCACGUUCAUGCACAUCUUCCCGUCCAUCUACGGCAUCCUGUGCUCGGUCGGCGUCAUCGCCAACGGACUGGUCAUCUACGCGGUGGCGGCCUGCAAGAAGAAGAUGGUGUCCGACAUCUACGUGCUGAACCUGGCGAUAGCGGACAUGCUCUUCCUGCUCGUGAUGCCCUUCAACAUCCACCAGCUGGUCAGGGACCGACAGUGGGUCUUCGGCAACUUCAUGUGCAAGGCGGUUGUGGUGGUGGACGUGAGCAACCAGUUCACCACGGUGGGGAUCGUCACUGUGCUGUGCAUCGACCGGUACAUAGCCAUCGUCCACCCCACCUCGGAGAAGAGGACCAUCCACUGGACCAUCAUGAUCAACACGUUGGUGUGGCUGGGCAGCUUCCUCCUCACCAUCCCGGUCAUCAUGUACGCCAAGGUUGAGCGCCGGCAGCGAAUGGAGGUCUGCAUGAUGUACCUGGACGGGCCUGAAGACAUGUACUGGUACACUUUCUACCAGUCCAUCCUGGGCUACAUCAUCCCUCUCAUCAUCAUCAGCACCUUCUACUCACUCACCCUCUACCACGUCUUCAGCUCCAUCCGCCGGGUGAAGCGCAAGCAGUCGGUUUGGGCGAAAAGAGCCACCAAGAUGGUCCUGAUGGUCAUCGCGCUGUUCCUGAUCUGCUGGUCGCCGUACCACGUCAUUCAGGUGAUCAACCUGAGCAACAGCACGCCCACGAUCGCCUUCGACUACGCCUACCACAUCAGCAUCUGCCUGAGCUACUCGCACAGCUGCAUCAACCCGCUCAUGCUGCUCAUCUUCGCCCAGAACUACCGCGACCGGCUUCGCCGCAGGAACGCGCUGAACAGCUCCCAGCACUCGUCCAAGCUCACGGUGGUCAAAACAGAUGGUUCCAGUAUCAGCAACAAUCCCAACUACCGCCUCACCGUCGUAUAAGCACAGAGAUGUGUCACUUUGUAGAUACACAAUAUACAUGUUUUGCUGCUCACGUCAGGAGGAAGUAGCUCGGUGAACGGUGUUGCCGGUGAAAUAAUAUUCCCCAGCAUUUCUCACAAUUGGAAAUGGAUACCAUACAAAAAAACUGGGCGUGAAGAACGAGCAGCCACAUCAGCCAUGACUGAAAGAAGUGAAAUACAGGUCAUCUCAAAGGUUUUCAACAGAUAAUGCAAGGAAAAAGAAACAGAUCUCCCGCUCAGAGGAAACCAAGCCCGCCUUUUUAAAAAAAAGGGACGCAAUCGUCCCUGAGAAGGGGAACUUCAUCACUGACUUCAAAGAUGCACAGCAGAGGAGGGGACGCCGCGGAGCCACUCAGGUGGGGCUCUUUUCUCUCUCUCUUCGGCACCUGGGCGCUUUUCCGUCAACCACAGGCGACAGUACGAUGUCAUGCUGGUCAGUCGCAACACUGAAGGGCAGCUCUGUGAGAUCUGUCACCGGCAAACAUUUGCACAUUCCUGUCCGUGAUACUUCCCUCGGAGUACGAGCCAGCGGCCCCAGAGCUCGUGAGGACGUUUAACUCCAGUUCAUAACUGCAAGAGUUUGAUGGAAAGACUCAGUGUCCACAAAUUGUGACACCUUCCAUCGGAACAGAUGACCUGCAUCAAAAAUUAUUGUUGGAGCCACUUCCGAAUAAGGAACCCACUGAAGGGCUAUUUAAUCUGAAACAAUGACUUUGGUAUGCCAAUAUAGCAAUUAUUGACAAAGCAGUAAUCAGCAAUUAAUAAUCAUAAAUUAGGGACUUUAAAUGGUUUCAAAUCUAAUUAGCAGAUGUUUAUCCUUUCUAUAUUGUAAUAAUGUCAUCAUAUAACUGUUGGCAGUCCACUUCAAGUCUGCAGUUACACUGUAAAUGGUAUAAAUGACCAUUAAGUUUGAUUUUAGAGGUUUAGUGUUGUUAAUAUAUAGAUUAUGGUCAAGAUCAUCUGCCUCAUUACUGAGAUAUAGUUUUGACAAUCUGGCAGCCCAAAAUGUAUUCAUAUUAUCGGCUCAUAAUCAAUAUUAAAAUCAUUGGUAUGUGAUUUGUUGACUAAUAAUUACAACUUACCUAUUAGAGAGUUGUACCCAGUCAUCGAUCGUAAGAGUUGAAAAACGAUAAGACAAACAUUUCACAGUGGAUCCAAAUAACCACAAACACGUCCGUUCGACUCGUUUCGUGGAUCUAUUGACAAACAUACAAUAUUCUGACUGUUUCCUUUGUACAGUACUGUUUCUCGUGAGGUUCUGCUCAUGACUGGCAAAUUUGUCACCUAAUACAGGAGCAGAAAGGUUAGCACAAUGUUUGAACAGACUCUCUUCUAUGAAUACAGUUGCUCAUCAUUAACAGUGUCAAUGUCAGAGUCUAAUCGCUGGAAAAUGUGGCUUUAAGCACCAGUGACUGCUUCAAACCUAAUGUCUCACCAAAGAAAAUCAAGAAUCUUUUAGAUUUUUGCGAUAGGCCUGCGGGAGUGCAGUUGAUCCCAGGAUGUGGCUCUGUAGACUGCUUACAAAAUGACAAAUACUGUAUGAAAGUGUUGCACUCGAGAAAAACCUAAACCGAGACCAAGACGUUACCAAGAACGGAGUGUACCGACACUGGUUAUUUCGGUGGACACUUGGUGAAAGUGGAAAUAAAACCGCUAUAAAAACUUAUACUCCACAUAUUGGGUUGUUUAAUUUGCAAAAUACGGAGGUGGUUGUCUAUUGUCAUCCUAUUUAAUAUACAAUGUUCUUCCGAUUGUGACUGUCGUUGUUUGUAGUUGCUAUUUUCAAUGUGAGAACAAACAUUAUUCACUUUUAUUCACUUUUUUUUCAUAAUGGACUUAAUGUAGUGAUCUUGCAAAGAGACAACAAAGACAUCAUGAAGGACAGGUAAUGCUCUCGCGUUGAAAUCACGUCAUUUGCCUGAUUGUUCAUUUUGCAUAAUGAAUAGCAUGAGGCAAUGUACAGGAGAAUUAUAUUUGCAUUACCUUUCGUCAUCACGGUUGUAUGUUGCCGGUGACGCCGGAGCACUGAAUGUGAUACACUGUGAGUCCUGUGCACUUAUCACUUGUCCAUAUGCUCAAUGUGCAGAUGUGCAGCACAAUGUCAAACUGUAUGUGGGCUCUUCUGUGUGCUAUGUGCAAAGGUUGUUGCCAUUGUUUUACUUUUAGCGGGCAAAGCAAAGAACUGGGGGCUUGUAGGUUCACUUGGUGGAAAUGACUGAGGCUGUGAUUUUUCUUGGAUUGGACUGAUAACUGGGAAAAUUAGAAAAUUGGUGGACUUCCCCUUUUAAAAUUCCGGCAGAUGUUAUGCUUACAUGAUGAAAAAUUCCGUGUCAAAUGAAUACAAACUGUCCUGGGGAAACGGGUCGGCCCGCAGCAGAGGGGCUUUGAGAGCGUCUGAGUCACUGUUUGGUAUUGUUGAGUAGUUGUCACCCAUUUUUUCUGAUGUUGCAGUUAUGGUUACUGUACCACUGGCCCAAUAAAAUCACUCAAAGUUCA